GCAUUAAUUCUAAUUACUUGUUCGCUUCUGAUUGCUGCCCUUGUUGUUUUGUUUUCCAUUGGCCGUCCUGCGGUUGCGGUUGCGGAUGAUCAGCCUUGCAUCCGUCAGUAUCAUAAUAUUAUAUGAAUCCAAUUCCAGACUCAUACCAUACCAUACUACUCCUGAGGAACCCAAUACUGUACUUCCCCACUGCCUCCUCCCUGGUUAAGAGGCUGUCAGGGACUUCUUCCUUCACUGCCUUGACAUCCCCUGCUGGUUAGUGCUUUCCCUACGAUGCUGCUCACCUUGAAGCCCUUCGUCCAGAACGGUGUGAAAAGCCUCUAUGAAUAUUCCGCUAUUCGACCAUCCAUGCCAACUCCACAGUCUUCCCCGCGACAGGGCCCCCCUGAUCGCUCCUCCACUAUUGCAAGUGCAACACCUUCCCAGCCGUCAUCAGAUUCUUCCGUGAGCUCAUCCGACAAGCCAUGCCCUCAGACGCCAUCAAUGAUUCUCCCGCCACUUGAUGCUGGCCGUCCCACCUCGGCCACAACUGCUCCAGGCAGCCAGCUUCCCCCACCCCCGCUUCAAUGGCAAAACGCGGAUGAGACAAUGCGACUGUGGCUUCAGGCAAAAUCAGAGGAGGAUCGGAGAAGACAGGAAGAGGAGAAGACGCGGCAAGAGUCACUGCGGUUGGAACGUCGUAAGAUCGAAUGCAGCAUGCUCCAGAGAUCCCUCGAAGCCGGAGUUCCAUUGCAUAUCAUCCCGCUGAUCUUCACGGAGACUUGCGGAGGACCCAAUGGCAAUAAUAGCCUGUUGCAAUUGAUCCCGGAGUUUUCACCCGCCAGUGGUCGGGCUCCGAAUCGUGCCCCGUCGUUUUCAAUACCGCGGAGCCGACAAGAUUCGUGGCCUAACACGUCGCCCCCUUCAUAUGCGACACCACCACCACUGACACAGCAGCAGCAACAGUUACCACCAUUGCGAUCGCACAGAGCUUCUGAACUUGCUCCGCCUGUACCUAUUGAACCGUUCGGAUGCUUUUCAUCAGGCGACCCUACAAACCCUUCAACACAUAAUCCAUCUCGGAGUGAAAUCGUUGGAGUCCCCGGGCAAGAUAUGCCUAUGAACUCAGACACUGCCCAGCACCCUCUGAGAUCCUCAUUACCACUUCCACAGCCACAAUCGGUUUCCAUGAAGUCGGAAAUCAAAACCCCGAAAAUCUCACCAGCCAUCCAUUUCCAGCACUGGGUUCCGCCUGAUCGAGUGCCUUCCAAUGGUAGGCAACGAAAGGAGGCCUCUUCUCACUUUCAUUCGCGUCGGACAUCGCUUGGACAGAAAAGGAAGUCUGAAGAGCCUCAUCAACCCGUUCCUCCGCCGUCAUCCUUUUCAUGAAGCAUUCAGAACCAAAUCAGGAGUACCGUCUACUAGAAUAGCAAUAACAGUAGUGACAGCAACUAGUCGAAGCUAGUUGGCUAUCUCAUCUCGUCAGUGAUGCCAGUGCCAUCUUUCAUGCCGCCCCACUCGAGAAGUGCAUUGGACAAGCCUGGUGCAAUUGACUCCGACGGAAGACAGACGUGAAUACCAAGAGACUGGCUUGUGAACGGCCCAAGAGGGAGAAGGAAAUAUGGUUCCAUGAAAACCAAGGAAUAUGAUCCUACCUUACCGGGUCCUCUACCCAAUCAAACCUGUGAAAAACCACAUUUUAUUGAUAGGUACAUCCAUUGAAAACUUAUUGCCGCCUCCAGUAUUCCUGGAAAUGAGACCACUGAAAUAUAACGAUGCUCAUGCGCACAUAUGCAGUCAUUACAGUGCAACCCCUUGAUUUAGAACAUGGAGUCAAGAGGACCCGUCUAUUCAGUGAACCUGGAAAAAGACCAGGCAGAUGGAGAAUAAAUACCGAUUCCCCACAAGGACCUCAUGUAUGCCACUAUGCAGCCUGUUUAUCCCAUCAUCACAGAGAUUUUCCCCUUCUGGAUGACACCACUUUCAUGAGGGUACUCAGGGUGAUGCUCAGUGCGUAUUUCUCAUCAGGGUCUGCUUAGUGUUCAAUCACGUGACAGCAUGAGCUGCGGGUAACUGGAUCGGGUAUCAGCUCGGCGCAGGCCGGAGAAACCUCGCCCCAGGUAGAGAAUUUCUGACUAAGCUCUCCACCUGGGCUGAGCUUUCGCUUAACUUAUGCUAGGCUUAUUCUCCCACCAUUACUAUGCUCCGAAUACCAUACCCAAUCCCGACCCUUUCAACGGCGAAUAUCUCCACAACAAACAUGAUUUUACGGUCGGACUUUUGAUAAAAUUAGAGCUUAUAUAUUUAUAUAGCUAGCGUCUUUAUUUUUUAGCAAAAUAUAGAGAAUUGGUGGCUGCUAAUGAGUUGGAUAGUAGCAGGGGUCAAGGGUUGAGCAGGGAGAUGUCGCCAUUCUGUC